GCUUGGUGACGCGCAAGAGUCCACGGUUGUGAAACUGUACUACCAUCCCUGUUCAUGUAAAUCAUGAAAAGGAAGAACUAACAAAGAAGAACUAUAGCUGAGCGAAUUACUUUUGUUUGUGGGGUUUCUUGGUUGAAUAUCAGGGUCGUAUGGGGCGCAACAGGUAGCCAGCCUUACCACUGAGAACGGAAGGCAUGUGAUUAUGUUUAUUCAAGGUAACCAUAUAAUCUCUGAUCGCUUUAAUGAACUCGAUAUAGUAGCAUAGGUUACUUUGUGAAACGUUAAGAAUACUGAUAUGUCCGCGCAAGGGUUGCUGAGCAGCGUUUUCUUAUGCUCCUCGCCAACAUCCAAAACAAGGUCCAAACGGAGACUGAGAAAGACUUUAAGUUUGGACCCAGCUUUGAUAAAACGCUACGGGACUGAACCGGAUGGGACAUCUGGUCAAGCAGAUGAUCAAAAGUCGCUCCGAGCCUCAAACGAAAGCAUCUCCAAACUAGAUGCGCGCCUUACAGCCGGAGUUAAACACUGUCAAUCUGCAUCCUCAAGCCUGUCAAUAUAUUUGGAUACUUCUGGCCAUUUCGACAAUGAUUCAAAAGCCACUAAAAGAAGCCCCUGUACUCCAACCGGAAGCUCAAACACCUUAUUUUCACCUAGAAAGUGGCUUCAAAAGAAGCCAUCUCAACCAUCCAUCCCUCAUUCAAAUGCUGCAUGGAAAUCUGAAGAUGACUUCACAUGGAACAGCAUGUCAGGGCUGAGCGUGCGCCUGAAGCCGGUGCCCCUCCAGAGCCUCUCAGAGUUGGAGAGAGUCCGCCUGCAGGAAGUGGCCUUCAGCAGGUUGCUCCAGGACUACGACCUGGGUUGCCAGAUCACCAUCCCUAAAGAUGGUCAAAAGCAUAAGAAGUCACUCAGGAGGAAGUUGGAUUCAUUUGCCAAAGAGAAGAGUAAGGAAAAAGAGUCUAUGCCCCAGGCAUUCGGUAUAACGCUGUCGAAGGUGAUCUCUAACGACCGUGCCCAGAAGCAGCGUCAGGAGCUCCAGACCCAGCGAGAGGAGCAUCGUGAUGCCAUUGACCUGGUGUCCUCUCUUUUGCACCUCACCUCCCGGAGAAGCACUAAGGACAAGGAGCUGUCCAGCAGCAACUCCUCCCUCAGCUCCAACUCCGAAACGCCCAAUGAGUCCCCUUUGCCCAACACGCCCGAGGCACCACCACGCACACACAGGAGGGGAGGAAUGUCUGUGGAUUGCAUCACUGACCUGGAUGACAACCAGUCUCGUCUGUUGGAGGCCCUGCAGCUGUCCCUGCCAGCCGAGACAUCCAGCAACAAGAAGAAGCAGAGGGACAAGAAUCUCAGCCUCAACCACAUCUUUCCACAGGUGCCCAGGGUAGUGGAGAGCUGCUGCCUGCACCUGGAGAAACAUGGUCUACAGACUAUUGGCAUUUUCCGUGUAGGGAGCUCAAAGAAGAGGGUACGGCAGCUGAGAGAGGAAUGUGACCAGGGUGUGGAGAUCCAACUGGAUGAGGAGCACAGUGUCCAUGACGUGGCCGCGCUGCUCAAGGAGUUCCUGAGGGACAUGUCUGAUCCCCUACUGACCAGGGAGCUCUACACUGCCUUCAUCAACACCAUGUUACUGGACCAUUCAGACCAGGAGAUCACCAUGCAGCUGCUGAUGUACCUGCUCCCACCCUGCAACAGUGACACCCUGCAACGCCUCCUGGAGUUCCUGGCCACGGUGGCCGCCCAUGCCAAGGACAGCCAGGACAGGGACGGACUGGAGAUCACAGGGAACAAGAUGACAUCGCUCAACCUGGCCACCGUCUUUGGGCCGAACCUUCUACACAUGCAAAAGAGCUUGGACAAGGAGUUUGCUGUGCAGAGUUUUGCCCGUGCCGAGGAGAGUACAGCCAUCAUAGGCGUGGUACAGAGGAUGAUCAACACAUACGAGACCCUCUUCAUGGUGCCCCCUGACCUGCAGAAUGAGGUUCUAAUGAGUCUGCUGGAGACGGAUCCUGAUGUGGUGGAUUACCUACUGCGGAGGAAGGCUUCUCAGUACUCUGGUCCAGGCCUGCUGAUGAUUGAGGAUCCCUUCUCUCUGAGUGAGAGGCGCUGCUCCAGUGACUCCAACAAGGCCUCCAGUGCGGAUGUGUCCCCCUAUGAAAUCAACUCUCCAGUGCUGUCGGAGCGCUUGCUCUCCCAGGACCAGGGGGACAGCAGCCCCCUCUCUGACAGGCUCUUCAAGGUCUCCGAGCAGUACACACUGUUUCCCAUGGCGACGUUUCAGAAUGCAGCUCUUGUGGCUCAUUGGAGGGACUCGACGGUCACCAAGGUAACAACAGCAAACAGCGUGUCAGAUGAUCUUACACCUCAAUUGGUAUGCCUGAGUGCAGGCCACACCCCCCAGUGACUUGCUGCAGCAGUAGCCCUCUGACGAAGAGAGGACGGAGAUUGGAGGGUACAGACCUGUUAUUACUUCACCGGCCACCGGGCCAACCAGGGGGCUGCAGCCCAGAGGACAUUGCGCUAAUGGGCGGAAUGGGACAGCCUGCCAGUCCCUCCCUCAGAGGCAGGCCUGGCGGCAGGGUGGAUGGAAGGCCUCCCCCUUCCGACUCUGGACCGCUCAGAGGAACUUCUCCACACCUUCCCUCUGCCCUUCCACGCACCAGCCUGGGUGUGUGACCCACCCAGAAUCCACAACUGCCCCCCCCCCCAGGGCAGCAGCAGCCCUGGGCCCCAGACUGUGGCCCCUACGACCCCCUCCUCUGGUCCUCUGGAAGGGAAGGUGUCAGGCAGCCCAGAGUUGCAGAAGGAGAGGUGGCAGAUAGGGCAGCUCCUAUCAGCAGACAAUACACUCUACCAGAGACACUGGUGUGAUGUUUAUACGCACUCGCUCAAACUACUUUGUCCUUCUCUAAAUUGUAGGUUCAAUUUACUGAGAUGUGCCAAUUGUCUGUGAGUAAAUGUUGUUAUUUCACUCUUGAUGUGUGUCUUACAGUUUUCAUAUUUCAGAAGUCUGACUCCAACAUUUUGCCACUAAGACAGUACCUCAACAGAGACACAAAUUAGCAUCACUGACAUGUGACUAUCUGAAUAUUGUUUACCCAUAGUAACUAAAUACUAAAUUUUCUUUCCUUUAUGUUUUUUAAUUUUCUUUCAACUCAGAACAAUGAUGUGAUAAUUAAUCUGAAUGUAUCCUAAACGUAUUGGUACUAAUAGCCUACACGUAAUGUUUGUUUUUGUAUUGUAAUAUCACCCUGUGAGAUAUAAUGCAGAUAUGUUAUAAGCAAAAUCAAAUACAACUUUCUUAGUGAAACAUGACAUCAAAUUAUGUUCGAUGCUGUAAGUGUCUUUGUGUUAUUUGUAUCUUGGUGGAGCUAUUGCCGAACAAAUGAAAAUUGAUUGUUUGUGUUUUUUGAUAGUGAUAUUGAACUUAACUGUUUAGGUCACUUGCUUUUUAUAACUAAUUUUAAUGUUUGUGGCCUUCUGUAACUGAUUGAAAUAGUCAUUAAUUCAUUGACUUGUUCACGCAUCCAAAUAAAACAGUAACUGUCAUCUAACUGUUUUGAUUAUUUGAAGGAAAAUGAAACUUGACGAUACAGAACAUUAUGAAUGUAAUUCCACAAUACGGAGUACAGAAAAAGACAAAAGCAUCACUCAGUUUGUGAUUGAAUGCCACUGUCAUGAAAUGUACCAAGUUUGUUUGUUUUAUUCUUCUCCCCUAUAAUUUGUUUUAUAGCUUUUGAGGGGAAGUGAAGGUACUGUACUAAGAUAUAAAUAUGGUCAUGACUUUCAUUGAGUUUUUUUUCGUUGUUAUUUGCUGGGAAAUGUUGUUUGUUUGUCCUGACCAAACGUUAUGCCUUAAUAACAACUACAGUAUUGUCUCUGAGAUGGCUAGUCAUGCUAGUAAGACUUGUUCAUGUUCACUUUGACUUAACAUUACGUUGCUAAUGCUAAUAGUCAUGCUUUAGUACCUUGGGCAGCAUCAGUAUUGACAUGUUUUUAAUCUAAUCAAGCUGCUUUAAUACGGUAUUAUUGCCAACUCCAACCCUUCUUCCACCUGAUUGUUUUACUGUAUGUUCAUUUUCCUAUGACUUCCAUGAUGUGAUAUUAGUAAUUUUAUCAUCUUUGUCACGGCUCCUCCUCUGCAGUGCAGGGGGCGGUUCCUCCUGCAGGCAGAGGAGGGUCGUUAAGUGAUUGGAGCCACCUGGGCUCAGGGUAUAAAACUGCUUACUAAUCACCUCUCUCUCUCUCUCUCUCUCUGCUCCUCCAGGUAUGCUCAUGAUUUGUUUGUUCCUUUUUAGUUUUGCAUAGUUUUCACUCAGUCAUGUUCACACACACAUAUUCAUGCACCCAUACACCUUACAUUAUGAUACAUCCACACCUCAUUCCUUUUUCUUAGUUUAAGUUCAUAGUUUGUUUAAUAAUAAAGAACACUUUUAAAUUGGCCUAUA